AUGUCCCGAUUGUCUUUGUUUCUACUUCUGGGCCUGGCCUGUGCACAGGCAGUGCCACUGGCGCUGUACGAUGAUAUUGAUGACACCGAGGUCAUUGAGCUUCCCGAGAACGGGAUUGAUGAGCCGGCGCCCAGUAAGGACAUCAUUGACCUGAGCUCUUAUGGUAGCGCCUUAUAUGGUGAGCCGGAUCUAGAUCUAACAGCAUCUUUGGUGGGCAACUUCAGUGCCGACACAGACACGGUGAAUCCCGAGGAGCUGGGCAGCUAUUUAGAAGGCGACAUACUCAUACCAAAGACGGCUAUUUCCAUGAAGAACGGCCUGACGACACAGAGCUCGCGCUGGCCCAACGGUGUCGUGCCUUACGAAAUCCGCGGCAGCUUUAAUGCUCGCGACAUGGCUACGAUCCAGGGUGCUAUCGAUCAGUACCACAAGCGGACAUGCAUCCGAUUUGUGCCACGCAGCAGUGAGCGGGACUACAUUUCGAUUGUAAGCAGCAGCUCGGGCUGUUGGUCAUCGGUGGGUCGUGUCGGUGGCAAGCAGGAGGUGAAUCUGCAGUCGCCUGGCUGCCUCAGUCGCCCCGGCACAGCCAUACACGAACUGAUGCAUGCCCUUGGUUUCCUGCACGAACAGAACCGCAUGGAACGUGACAGCUUCGUGGCCAUCCAAUACAGGAACAUUCAAUCCUCGGCCAUGACCAACUUCGAGAAGGCCGCCUCAACAGAAGCCUUCGGCGUGCCAUAUGAUUAUGGCAGCGUCAUGCACUAUUCAGCGAACGCCUUCUCCACCAACGGACAACCCACUAUAGUGGCCAUGAGCCCGGAGGGUUCUUCUAAAAUGGGUCAGCGCACUGGAUUCUCAGAUUUCGAUGUAGAGAAACUGAAUCGCAUGUAUGACUGUGGCUAUGUGGGCGGAUCUGCACCAGCCGCCGGUGGAGGCGCUGCAGCACCAGGCGCGGCUGCUGGUGGCAAUCCCAUCGUUGAAAGUUUCCUCAGCGGCCUCAUCAGCGGCCUGGGCCUUGGAGACGGCGAAGACGAAAAGGCCACUGCAGCCAGCAACUAG